AUGGAGGACGAGCAACGCCCAGAACGUGCAUCAUCCAUUCCAUCUACUCAACCGGGAAAUCCUGAAUGGGCUCAAAAUCUUUCAGACUCGUCAAGUACACUGGUGGGGGAUUCUCGAUUACGCGUGCCCGACAAACACCCCUCCAGUCGGGUAGGGGGUGCCAAGGUAGCCAUACCCAGGGCGCCUGUGUUUUCUGAGCAAUCGAGCGGAAACAAACGGGUUGGCCAUGCUUGUGAGCCCUGUCGAGAGCAAAAAACAAAAUGUAGCGGUGAUCGUCCAGUGUGCCAGCGUUGUCAAGACCUGGGGUUGAGCUGUCUAUACGGAGACCGCAAACGUGAACGAACAGCGAAACAGCUUAGGGAUUAUGCGAAGCAGAUACAAGAAUAUGAACAGCUUUUUAACAAUUUACACCCAAAGCUUGACCAACAGGACGUCCAACUUAUCCAAGACACUUUGUCUAGAGUAGGUGCACUUGCCGAGUUCGAUGGUACCGAUGACUUCGCGUUGACUCGACCAGGGCCUUCAGACUCGGAUUAUUCGAGUAAUCCUGCUCGACCAUUUCUAACCGAUUUUCUGAGCGGCGCAGAUUACACGGAAGAAGAUUUCAAUCGAAAUGAACGAUCAAUAGCCCUGGGGUUCGUGGGCAGACACUCCGAAACGUCCUGGUUAUACAACCUCAAACGUGAGAUAGAAUCGAACAAUGUGGACGCGGAACAAACCGAACAAACACCACCGGAAGAAGACCUCCAAGACCGCAAUUCUAUUGCGUCAGUAAGCUAUUUUCUAGACGAUGCCGAUAUUCCGAUCAUCGAAGACCUCGAUCCUUUGGAACGACCCUCUCGUGUGGUUGCGAACCGGCUGGUGUUGACAUUCUUCAAUACGGUGCAUGGAACAUUUCCGAUUAUUGGAAAGGAGACCUUUCUAAGUCAGGUGAAUUCUUUCUAUUCAGCCCCUUUUGCUCGACCUGGACGGAGAUGGCUGGCCAUUUUGAACCUGGUAUUUGCGAUCGCGUCUCGAAAUUACCAUCAUCAAAUUCAGCCCAGUUCGCUUGACGUUGGUGAGGAGACAUUGCAAUAUUUUUCUCGCGCAUGGCGAUUAGGCAUGAAAGACAGUUCCCUGCUUGGUCACCCUGACCUGCAGCAAGCCCAGGUGGAAGGACUAACUGCAUUUCUCCUGCUUUCUUUAGGCCAUGCAAACAGGGCGUGGAGAAUAUGCGGCUUGGCCAUUCGAUCGGCAACUGGCAUGGGUCUGAACCUGCGUAGCGAAAGCAAUUACGUGACUCUCGCAUCGAAGGAGUCGCGCUACAAAGUAUGGUGGUCGUUGUAUACCCUUGAGGCGCUUCUGGGGAAUAUGACUGGCCGGCCAUUCGGCGUUGAGCGCGACUUCUGUACAACACCCUUGCCUGUUCCGUUCGAGGAAGAAGGCUUUAAUGAUGCACAAGUCGCACAGAUUAUGGCAGAUAACCGAAUGCGGAACUCUCUGCUCGGACAUGUUGUGACCAAACCGACUGGCGACACCUCCCCAGCGUUGACAUCGCAAUCCAUUCGUACUGCGAGAGAUAUCCUCCGGCCGAACUAUGCGCUCUUCUUCGUGUGCUAUAUCGACCUUACGCGACUAAUGCGGCAAGUCGUCGAGACUUUAUACGCCCCUGAAAUCGUUCAAAAUUCGCCGACAGACCCGGAGAUCGUCAUCACCGAUCUCAAUAUUAAAGCGGACGCGUGGCUUUCGAGACUCCCAGGAGCAUUUCGAUUUAUAGACGACCCGAGCGUGGCGAGCCGAGACAAUUAUCGUCUCAGGCUAGGGCUACAGUUUUAUAGUACGAAGAUAUUGAUUUGCAAACCGUGUUUGCACCGAAUCGACCAGUUUUCUUGUAACGAUGAUAGUUUUUACGAGAGAACGGCAAUCAGUUGUGUACAGGCAGCUUGCCGAAUGCUGGAUCUGUUCCCUGCCGUGUACAACGCUACAUGGUUUAGUCAGGUUGCACCAUGGUGGUCUGCACUGCAUUAUCUAGUCCAAGCAACGACAGUUCUGUUGAUCGAAUUAUCGAUUGACUCGGGUCCGAAGCCAGAGGAAUUCCGACAGGCGCUGGCAAAAGCGACGAGCUGGUUGCGCGAGAUGGCAUUGAGGGAUUCGGCGUCACAACGAGCUUGUGCAGUCUGCGGAUUGUUACUUGAACAGCUUGCUUCCGUGGCUGGAGAAGAGGAAGAUUGA